AUGGAUGGAACAAAGCGAGAAAUGAAUGAGGAAUUUAAUAAGCUAGAAAAACAGCAGAAGAACUCUACAUAUCGUUUUGAAAACAGAUUUCUUCCCAGUCUUAUAAUGUUGGUAUAG